AGGCCCAAUUUCCCAAAUUUUGUAAAAUGGAUCUAAAUGCAGAAUUCAGCCAAGAGUGUCUUCGGAGCAAUGAUAUUAUUGAUACAGCAUUUGCCUCAUCUUCAUUCUACUGUUGCCAAGCGGGAACAAUUCUAUGACAAAUUUUAUUCAAAAUUACGCCAUUUUCCCCAUCUUUGCAGUUUUAAAUUCAAUUCUAAAGCUCCCUUGAAGUGCUUUUGCAGCAAGAACCAAACUACUCAUGAAGCUUUUCAGGGCUUUUCUGCUCUGCCACGGGAUACCCCUUGGGACAAUGAUACUGUUUGGAGCACAAUGGCUCUUUACAUUUUCAGUUUGCAUAUUCCUCUGAGCCUUGGAAGCUUGUCUUUGGUUUCCCAAUUAAUGCAUAUGCCUAUUCUUGAUCCUCAAACUAAGGCACUAUCAAGGCUUGCAAUUCAAACUCUAGAGUUCAUUCUGACCCUUCUUCUACUAAAGCUCACUGCUAAGCCAAAUUACAGAUUCAGAAAUUUCUUUAGAGAUAAUGAGUUAUGCAGCAAAAGGAAUUGGAUAUUUGCAUCAGCGUUUGGAGUUGGGUUCCUAUUGUCAUUAGUUUUCCUUACAUCACUCCUUGCAGAGAGAGUGAUUGGACCAAAGGCUGUAAGCAACCUUGUGCUGAAAGAGAUUCUUGACUGCAGCAACAUCUCAAGAACAGCAUGCUUCAUAGCAUAUUGUGUUGUGACUCCCUUCUUAGAAGAGACUGUAUACAGAGGCUUUCUAUUAGCAUCAAUCUCAUCUGAGAUGCAAUGGCAGCAAGCAGUAGUAAUUAGUUCUGCAGUCUUCAGCGCAGCUCACUUGUCUGUUGAAAAUUCCUUACAGCUCUUCAUUAUUGGGUGUGUCCUAGGAUGCUCAUAUUGUUGGACUGGCAAUUUAAGGUCUUCAAUCCUCAUACAUUCUUUGUACAAUGCAAUGACCCUUCUUUUAACUUACCUAUCCUAAUGAUUACAUGCACGCAUUUCUUCCUAA